UGGAGUCGGGUCUGUGACGUAGGCAGGGAGAAGGAGAAGGCGAAGCUGUAUCCACCGUCGUUCAGCCAUCCUUCGCUCCCCUUUCUGUGAGCCGGAGCUGAGAACAACGACUGAUCAGAGAGAGAGACGGAAACCCGGAUUCAGCGGCUUGUUAUCAGGCCCACAUAUAGCAAAAUGACAAAAGAGGAGACCACUGAGGUAGAGGAGGCUCAGCCGACCUUUGAAUUCUCCAGCCCCGUCCAUGAGCCACGCAAAAAACCCAUGGUCCACCCGUCUGCACAGGCCCCUCUUCCCAAAGACUACGCAUUCACAUUCUUCGAUCCAAAUGACCCGGCCUGUUUGGAGAUUCUGAUGGAUCCACGCACCACCAUCCCAGAGCUUUUCGCCAUCAUUCGACAGUGGGUCCCACAAGUGCAGCACAAGAUUGACAUCAUCGGUGAAGAGAUAUUAAAGCGUGGUUGCCAUGUCAAUGACCGUGAUGGGCUGACCGACAUGACCCUCCUGCACUACAGCUGCAAAGCAGGGGCUCAUGGAGUAGGUGACCCUGAGGCUGCCCUCAGGCUGAGCAAUCAGCUGAUUGCUCUGGGUGCAGAUGUGAGUCUGCGCAGUCGUUGGACAAAUAUGAAUGCGCUACACUACGCUGCAUACUUUGAUGUGCCCGAGCUGAUACGGGUUUUGCUCAAAGCGGCUAAGCCUAGAGUGCUGAACUCCACCUGCAGCGACUUCUAUCACGGCACUGCUCUGCACAUUGCUGCCUCCAACCUCUGCCUGGGAGCUGUCAAAUGUCUUUUAGAGCAUGGAGCCAACCCCACAGUCAGAAAUGAUAAGGGCCAGGGCCCUGCUGAAGUGGUUCCUGACCCCAUGGACAUGAGUCUGGACAAGGCAGAGGCAGCCAUGGUGGCCAAAGAGCUGAAGCAGCUGCUGUUGGACGCAGUGCCACUUAGCUGCAACCUUCCGCGUGUCACCCUUCCAAAUUAUGACAACAUCCCCGGCAAUCUCAUGCUUUCCUCCCUCGGCCUGAAGCUGGGUGACCGCGUGGUUCUGGAUGACAUGAAGACUGGCACGCUCCGUUUUUGUGGCACGACUGAGUUUGCCAGUGGUCAGUGGGUGGGCAUCGAGCUGGAUGAACCAGAAGGCAAGAACGAUGGUAGUGUGGGUGGGGUCCGCUACUUUAUCUGCCCACCAAAACUGGGAAUCUUUGCCCCUGUAUCCAAAAUCAGCAAAGCUGUUGAUCAGACCCCCUCUUCAGUCACCUCCACACCAAAAACCCCACGGAUGGACUUCUCACGUGUCACUGGCAAGAUCAAGAAAGAAAAGAAAGAGAAGGAUCGUGACAAGGCCCUCAGGAAGAAAUCUCUGUCAGUAGCCAGUCUAGAUCCUGAUGGUGUGAAGGUUGAAGUGGGAGACCAGGUUUUGGUGGCUGGACAGAAACAAGGAAUCGUCCGCUUUUAUGGGAAGACAGACUUUGCACCAGGUUACUGGUUUGGUGUGGAAUUGGAACAGCCCACUGGAAAGCAUGAUGGCUCUGUCUUUGGAGUUCGCUACUUCACCUGCCUUCCCAAAUAUGGAGUGUUUGCUCCACCAUCCCGUGUUCAGAGAAUUGGAGGGCCAAAGGAUUCCCAGGGUGAUGGGACACUGGUGAAGAAAGUCCACCAGGUGACUAUGUCCCAGCCAAAGCGUAACUUCAAUGCGGUGAGGUCUCCCAAAGACAUCACAUCUGAGAGCUCUAUAUCCAGCAGGUUGCUGUUCUGUUGUUGGUUUCCCUGGAUGCUCCGUGCGGAAAUGCAAUCCUAAAUGUAUUACUCACUACUCCUCCUUCCCAGCUUUCCAUUCUUCCCCAAAUGAAAAAAAACCCAUCACUGUCUACACAUCAUUGAUUUGUGCUUUUCUCUGAGAAUCACACCGAUUGUCAAAGGCACAACUGUGCGGACCCCUCUCCAAACCUUCCCCUUUGACUGCAGUUAGCAAAAACUAGUGCCUUGUAAAUUAACUAAUGUCCUGCAUUCCGUUUAUUAAGAGAACAGUAACAGAACAAUGUUUCUUGAAUUCUGAAUUAGGGAAACGUAACCCUAACAAAAGCCAUUUGUUAGUACAUAACUGAUUUUCUUAUUUAAAGUUAGAUCUUUAUUUUUUUGUCAAAAUCACCCUAAAAUGAAGGCCACAAAAACAUGCCUUUAAAUGUCUUUUUGGGCUUUGCAUGUGUGUGUUUUUGUUUUAGAAAAACACCUUUUUUGAGUUGAUCCACAUCUUAGCCUGAAGUACAUCGUGGCUGCUGCUGCUAGAGUGUGCACUCUGUCUUAAUUUCAGUAUUCAAUAGGAAACCAAGCUUUUAAAUGCCUUUUCAUUAGUUAUCUGAGUAUUUAAUCAUACGUAGAUGGAUAAUGUCUGUGUAAAAGUUGUUGAAUAGCCUUGCACCUACACUUGUUAUAUUGUAGUAAGAAUAAAUGCAGAUUUACCUUUAGCCUGACAUUAUCUUAAGCUGCCAGGAAAAAACAUUACAGGGUUUAAUUGUUUAUAUCGUAAUUGUCUUUCCCAGUGCAAGUGUGGAUUAUAACUGUAUUACUAUCCGCCGUGCAGGCUUGUGUACAGCAACAGUGUGUACAUGUGGAUGGACAUACUGUGUGAGCCUCUAUAUCUCUUACAUAAGAUAAUGAAUCUUAUGUCAGGAUGGGAUUAGUUUAAUAAUCUCAUGAAAUUCUGUGCCAAACCAAAUAGACAGGACACAUAUUUCCCCUUUGGCCUAAUCACAGGAGAUAAAGCCAGGUCCAUAAAUAGUGGAUGUUGACAAAGUUAUUGUAAUUUUUGCUGUCUACCACAGCUCGUAACUGAAAUUAAAACUGAAAGUACAGGAUUUCUUUAAUUUGAGAGUAUUUACAUUCAAAUUGCAUGAACGGUGAACAGUUCUUCACAGUUCUGGAAAAACAUCAUAUGGACAGAUGAGACAAAUAUCAAUUCAUACAGACUGAUGGGAAAAGAAGAGUAUGGAGAAGGGAAGCAACUGCUCAUGAGCUAAAGCGUAAUACCUUAUCUGUCAAGCAUGGUGGAGGUAGUGUUAUGGCAUGGGCAUGUAUGUCUUACAUUGGAACUGGUCCCCUCUUAUUUAUUUUUGAUAUGACUGCUGACAAAAGCAGCAGGUUGAAUUCUGAAGUGUGUAGUGCUAUGCCAUCUGCUCAGAUUGAACCAAACACUUCAAAACUCAUUGGAUGAUGCUUCACAGUGCAAAUGUACAAUGAUCUGAAUCAUACUGCAAAAGCAACCCAAGAUUUUUUAAGGCAAAGCAAAAGAAUGUUCUGCAACGGCCAAGUUGAUCACCUGGCCUCAUUCUAAUUGAAUAUGCAUUUCAUUUAGUGAAGAUGAAACACCCCAAGAACAAACUAACCUGAAGACAGCUACAAUAAAGCACUGGCAGAGCAUCACCAGGGAAGAAUCCCAGGAUCCGGUGAUGUCUAGGGUCCAGAUGUCUGGCAGUCAUUGGCUAUAAAGGACUUUUACACUUGUAGCUCAAAUCCCUUCUUUAAUUUCCCAUAUGCUGCAGUAGACAGCUAAAAUAACAGUAACUUUGUCAAUGUUCAAAUAUAUAUGGACCUGACGAAUACGUAUAAUUAAUUAAUUCACCAGUAGAUUUGAGAUGCUACAAUCCAUUAUGAAUAUUUUUCAAAAGUGAAUUAAAGGUAUGCAUAAACAUAAAUUAGACAUAAUCCAGGUCACCCUGCAGUUCCUUGGUGUUAUCUAAAAGAUAAUGCCUUUUUCAUCUCCACUUGACUUUUCCUUCUCACUUCCUAUAUCUCAUUUCAACUUUAAUAGGUUUUGUAAAUGGUUUACUUCAGCAACUCUGAUAGUCAAGAAGGUAUGUGAUUAUAUCUGUGUAAACAAGCGUUUAGGUAUAAACAAAAAAAAGCAAUAUCUAAUCUACAUCAACUUGCUUUGUGAAUAUGGGUGGUGUCUUUGUCUACGUAAGCACAGCAUGAGUGAGAAAAGCUCCAGUCACUUUCUGCCCCUACCUGAUUAAGCUGCUUUAGGCUCAGUUUUCUUAAGUAUACCUUUCAUCACAAGCAGCAUUAAGAGAAAUUGUUGCUGUGGGCAGACUGUGAAGGGAAAAAACAUCUGGUAUGGCUUGUGCACUCUUUGUAACACCUUUUCUGUGAACACCCUGAUGAGCACUACAGAACAUGAGGGAAUGCAAAAAAGAAAACAUAUUGCUUAACACAUCUAUAAAGGUUUGUGUUUCAGUCUGCAUACUGCUAGUUAUUCAUGUAUUAUUGAAUUUGUGUAGUAGUGCAAACAUAGCCUCUGUAGUGAUACGAGACUAGUGAAAGGCAUUUUAAGAUGGAGUGCAAAACUUACUUUAUACUGUAUAACCAGUGGUAAACAUAAUCAUUGAAUUUAGUGGAACCCGAUCAUUUGUGACAGUUGUGUUGUUUUAGGGUGACUUUCUAAGCUGUCCGUGUUCCAUCGAAAUUCUGUUAAUCAAGGUCACUUUCAUUUCUUAUCAUCUCCAUUUCCACACACAUUUCAUUUCAUUUAAACAGUGAAAAGAAACUGGGUGAUUUUAAGUGUAAAUUAUAGAGUGUAUUUAGUAUCUCUCAUGGUCUUAUUCCCUACGCUUCCCUCUCAGUAUCAGAUCAAGAAGGAAAAAAAUGGCAUUUUAAGUAGUUAAUGCAUUCUGUUAUUCUACCCAGUUGUGUAGCCUAAUUAAUUUGUAAACAUUUAUUUGUCCAAAAAGAUAUAUUUUAAUAAUUUCACUUUGUAUUUUUUAAUGUGCAUCAGUUGGACAACCUGGUGACAAAUAUCCACGUUGGUGUAUUCAUGUGAACUAUCUUCUGUAAGAAAGAUUUUGUGAGGAUUGUAAUGCUGGAUUCAGUUCUGGUUUAGCUAACUAGGCUACUGCAUGCUGUAUUUAAAAAAUGUGCUCUUCUUUUUUGUCAGCCGCGUAUUAGCAUGUUAAUUCCCAUAAAGUGAGAAUUCUACUCUUGACUAAUGGAUAUACAAAUAAUAAACAUUUGGUGUUUCGUACAUA